AUGGUGCGGGGCGCCGUGUCCGACGUGCGCGCCUCCAUCCUCCACUCCAACAUCCGCAAGGAGCUCGUGGCCAGGGUCAAGGACGUCGUCUGGCAGACGGUCCAGAAAGAGUCCGACUAUGUCGCCAAGCCGUGGCAGGAGAUUGAGUGGGAGAAGACGGUGGAAAAGUACCCGGACAUGAAGGACCCCAACAGCAAGCUGUUCAGGGAGGUGACGGACGCCCUCGACAAGUUCUACCAAGACAAGGCCAACGCCAAGGACUUGACCAGUAAGCAAAAGGUUGAGAGGAGCAUCUCGAGCUGCUUCAAGUGA